AUGAGCCAUGAACCGGAAAUUCCUGGAGAGUUGGAAGACACCGACAGCUACGACCUCGCCCAGGUAGAGCCUGAAGAAAGUCUUCCAAUUCAGCCUGUCAAUAACAGCAGAGCUUCCACGGUGCAAUGGAAGCCAUCUUCCAGAACUGUGGAUGAAACCCUUGCGGCGGGACUGUCUAAUGAAGAUCUGUGGCUGCUGAUUCGGCGAUUUAAUAAGCAAAUCUACUAUGUGAAGGCAUUGCCGGACGCCGCUGGGCAGGACAUUGAUCUUAACCGGGCGGGUGAUGAGCAAUUCCCACCGGAGAAGCUGCGUAUCACCAUUGAGCGAUUUUAUACGUCGGUGAUAGUGGGAUUGACCGAAUUCUGUUGCCAUAUUGGCCGUCUGCGAUCAUGGAAGGAGCCUAUACGGACGUCGUGCUUUUGUGCGGCUUAUUUUGUUGCUUGUCUCCUGGAUAUUGUCAUUCCCUCGAUCAUGGGCGUCCUUGUCGUAUUGAUUCUCUUUCCACCCAUUCGAUCGGUCCUCUUCUCUCCUGCCCCCGAAACAGUUGAUUCCGAGUCAAGCGACGCGAAAAGCUCCGCCGCUGGAACCUCCGAAUCCCACGAUAGCAUUACCGGUGCUCCAGAGAGACACAAAGGCGAGGCAGCCGAGCAGGAGGCCGCAAAUCUUGUGAAUAGCGUUGCAACUGUUGCCAUGGAGAGUGCUGCGGGUAAAUAUGGCCAGGGCGUUACUGAGGCGACUGCCGAUGAACCCCCGGAUCCCGGCACCACGGAAGUGUUGGAGAUUGCAGCAGAGGCACAGACAGAGGAGCCGGCCGAGGAUAAGACCAAAAAGCCGAUGAAGAAGAAGGUAUCCCGGAAGACGGACCAGACAAUGCGUGUUCUCAGCGAUAUUACCGACAUCUACGAGAAGUUUGCCAAUCUCCUGUCUCCGACACCGCCGUUCUCCCUCAUCACGUCUCGCCUGCGCUUGGCAGGAAUAUUUGUGGCCCUGGCCUUGAUUGUUCCCUUGACCUCGAGCUACUGGAUUGUCAAAUUGGGCGCUUUUGCCAUCGGAUUUGGCUUUUUUGGUGAUCCAGUGUUCAAAAAGACUAUGAACAUCUUGAACAGCAAGUUUCCAAACUGGAAGGACCAACUGGAUUUGACAAAAACAUUGUUGAAAGGCGUUCCUACAAACGCCCAGCUUACCCUGACUCUGCUCCGAAUCGGCGAGAUCAACUCAUCCCCAUUGCCGCCACCCCCAAGUUCCAACGACAACGAGCCCUCGUGGCCCAUUCGCCGGAAGAAGUCCAAAGCCGCAAUAACCCAUCAAAGCAGUGACCAAGACCCGUCAGGCGACAUUUCACGCCAGCAAUCCAACGAAACCUUACCCGCAAAGAAACCCAAGAAGAGAUGGGUUUUCAAAGUUCUCAAGUUUGUGCGCCGCACAAUCGCAACAGCCAUCAAAGGCCACAUUGCAUUCGAUCGAGCCAUAGCCAUCGCAGGCGCAACACAUACACAAAACCUGAUCAGCAUGCUUCAGAAACGGCCUUGGUCGUCUGCGACCUUGGGCCCUUUAAAGUUCGAUGCUAAGUUUGAGCGUAAGCGUGGAGCCGUGGUUAUCGAUUCAUCCAAACAACCGCCCGUGCUGUACUUUACCACCCAUCAGUCGUCUGGGUUGGAAGAUUUGCAGAUUGAAAGCCGCAAGAAAGGCUCGGUUCUAUUCCAGAUUCCUGUGACUGAAAUUCAGGAGCUGAAGAAAACCGAGGGCCUUGGCUGGAAGGGCAAGUUGAUUGUUGAGUUGACGGCUGGCAGCAAGGAGGCUGCGGAUGGAUUGGUCGUCGUGGGCAAGGAGCCUGGCCAGUCUUUUCAUCUCACGGGGAUGCGCACUCGGAACCAAUUGUUUAAUCGGUUGGUGGCGAUUGAUGCGCAGUUUUGGGAGAGUCGCUGA